AUGUGGCAGAGGCGGAAUGUUGUACACGCCUAUCGGCGCCUCUACCGUUGCCUCCUUCAGGCGGUGCAGUACACGAUACCCGCCCGCUUUGUAGUCCGCGACCAGCUGCGCGCCGCCUUCCGCGACCCCGAGCUGAGAUACGACGAAAAUGCCAUCAAGCGGACCAUCUGGUUCCUGGAGGCGGCGGCAAGGGAGAAGGGGAUGGAGCACAAAAUACUCAAGAACCUCGUCAAGGUGCAGCUCGGGCGGGCGUACCACAGCAGUUGGCAGCCCAUGAGGGGGGAAAGGACUCCUAUGGGUGAAGUCAAAAUGACUGCGUAUCAGCAUUACGAUAUGACGGUGGCUAUGCUCAACAAGACAAUGGGGUUACUUCUGCGUUGA